AUGUAUCCCCGCCGAGUCCUGAAAGGAGAUGGAUAUGAACCAGGCCGAAGCUGCGAUGUACAUGAAAAGCCCUACUGGUUAGGAUUGAACAAUUCUCAACUGACAUAUGAAGUGGAUAUCAUCGAAAGGACCUCAGAAGAUGGUCGGUAUACCGAUAUUGGAGAUAUUAAUCGUGUAUAA